UAGGGCAUAUCGUUACCAUCUUAAUCUUGGUGCUAGACAAAGGUACUUUGUUAGUUUGUAUUUCAUGAAAGGGCCCAUGAAUAUUAGGGUGAUAAGGUAUAACCAAUAUAUAGCAAAUCGAGUACCUUCUACGGUGAGAAAUAUUCAUCCUCAUGAA